AUGUCGUUCGGCACCGCGGAUGGCGCGCCUUACGGCUUCAGCUCGUCGUUCGACUCUGGCAACGGCGAGCUCGUCUCCGCCACGCCACACACGCUCACCGUGCGCAUGCGCGAGGAACCCUUCACGAAGGCGGACGGCAGGGCGCACUUCCAGUGGUUCCACUUCAGGGUCACCGGCGCGCGCGGCCGCGCGCUGCGCGUCGUCGUCCAAAACGCGGGAGACGCAUCCUACCCCGACGGAUGGCGCGACUACAAGGCGUUCGCGUCCGCGGACAGGAAGCACUGGCGCAGGGUCCAGACCACGACGUACGUCGACGGCGAGUUGAUCAUCGACAUGGACCCCGUACCGGGCGACUGCGUGCACCUCGCGUACUUUGUCCCGUACGAUUACGAGCGGCACCUCGACCUCGUCGCGUCCGCCUCGUCCCAUCCAAACGUCUCGCACGUCGCGUUGGGCGACACCCUCGACGGCCGGCCGCUGGAUUGCCUCAGGUUCGGCGAGCCCGGGACGUUUCGCCGGGUGGUGUGGAUCCUGGGGAGGCAGCACCCGGGGGAGUCCAUGGCGUCCUGGUGGAUGGAGGGUUUCGUCCGCAGACUCCUGGACGAUGAGGACCCGGUGGCGAGGAAGGUGCUGCGCAGGGCGGUGGUGUACGUGGUUCCCAACAUGAACCCCGACGGAAGCGUCCGGGGACACCUCCGGACCAACGCGGCGGGGGCGAACCUGAACCGAGAGUGGGAGAACCCAACCCCGGAACUAUCUCCGGAAGUUCUCUGGACGCGUAACGCGAUGGACGCGACCGGGCCGGUGGACCUGAUGCUGGACGUGCACGGCGACGAGGCGGAGCCGUACUGCUUCAUCAUCGGCGGCGAGGGAUGCCCGGGCUGGGACGAGCGAAGGGCUGAGACGCAGAGGGCGUUCAAGGCGGCGUACGCGAGGGCGUGCCCGGAUUUUCAGACGACGUUUCCGCUCGAGUACGGCACGGCGCCCGCGGGUAACGUCGUGACGGCCAAGACGCAGGUGACGUACAGGUACAACUGCGUGGGCAUGACGCUGGAGAUGCCGUUCAAGGAUAACGUGCAGCUCGCGCAGCCCGACGGGUGGACGCCGGGUAGGUGCGAAAAGUUGGGCGCCGCGGCGGUGGACGCGCUGCUCGACGUGCUUCCCGAGCUCCGCGAGUGA